AUGUUCUAUCAUAUUCCUCUGGACCAUGAAAUCUGCCUACACCCCAAAUAUUUCGGUCCAGACCUCCUGGAGACAGUGAAACGUAAACUUUUCAAUGAAGUUGAAGGCACAUGUACCGGUAAAUAUGGCUUUGUAAUUGCUGUCACAACGAUCGAUAAUAUUGGAUCAGGACUUAUUCAACCUGGUCGGGGUUUUGUUGUGUAUCCAGUCAAAUACAGGGCCAUUGUAUUCAGACCCUUCAAAGGGCAGGUUGUCGAUGCAGUGGUCAGUCAAGUUAAUAAGGUUGGUAUAUUUUGUGAUAUUGGACCGAUGUCGUGUUUCGUUUCGAGGCACUGUAUUCCACCCGAUAUGGAGUUUGAACCAAACGCCAACCCACCAUGUUACAAGACACAGGACGAGAGUGUUGUGAUAAAACAGGAUGACGAGAUUCGUGUUAAACUCAUCGGAACUCGUGUUGAUGCAGCAGAUAUAUUUGCAAUCGGUACUUUAAUGGACGAUUACCUCGGCUUGUCGGCGAACGAGUAA